AUGCACCAUCACAGCGUUCAACAGGCUCAGCAACAGCAGCAUCAGAGUCAACAAUCCUCUCAACAGCAGCAGCAACAGCACCUCAGCUCACAACAGCAACAACAACUUCAGCAACAACAACAGCAACAGCAGCAGCAGCAGCCGCAAGCUCAAUCGUUCGGCGAGGUCAAUCAGCUUGGGGGUGUAUUCGUUAACGGCCGACCCCUGCCCAACAACGUGCGCCGUCAGAUCGUCGAGAUGGCUCAUCUGGGCAUCAGGCCCUGCGACAUAUCGCGCCAGCUGCGCGUCUCGCACGGCUGCGUCAGCAAGAUCCUGGCUCGUUUCAACGAGACGGGCAGCAUCCAACCCGGGGCCAUAGGCGGUAGCAAACCGCGCGUCACCACUCCCAAGGUCGUCAACUACAUCAAGCAGCUGAAAAUCAACGACCCGGGCAUCUUCGCCUGGGAGAUCAAGGACCGACUGCUGGCCGACCACAUCUGCGACAAGUACAACGUGCCCUCGGUCUCGAGCAUCUCCCGGAUUCUGCGCAACAAGGUGGGCAGCGGGGGUGGCUCCCACGCCGGCCACCAUCCGGCCCACCAUCACCACCACCAUCAUCACCAUCACUUGUACGCGGCCGCGGCAGCUGCAGCCGGGGCCGCGGCGGCUCUCUGCGCCACCCCGAUGCCGUACGCGCCGACGGCCUACCAUCCGGCCCCGACGGCGGCGGCGGCGGCUGCCGCGAUCGGCCACCUGACGUCGCAUCAUCAGGCCGCGACUUCGGUGGUCGGCUCGUCGAGCGACCUCGCGGUCCUGGACCCGCACCACCAUCACCAUCACGCCGCGAGCCACCAUCAGCAGCACGGUCACGGCCAUCAUCAUCAGCAGGACCCGGCGGGCUUCCGACGCUUCCUGCCCAUCGAAGAAGCAGCCUUGCCAACGUCCCCGGCCUCGUCGUGCAAGCAGUCGCUGAGCAACGGAGCCAGCCCCUCGCCGCCCGCCACCAACCUGUCCAACGAGUCCGCCACGCCCACGGCCCAGCUGUCCUCGUCGGCCUCGUCCUCGGCCUCGGCCCAUCACUGGCCGAGCUCGCACACGGUCCAGGACAUUCUCUCGGGGGCUCUGCCGGGUUUGGCUGCGGCGGCCGCUGCGGCCCAUCAUCAUCACCACCUGCCCGAGGUCCCGACGGCGGGUUUGGAUCUUCACGCUGGACGACAUCAUCACCACCCUCAUCAUCAUCAGCAGUAUUACGCGACGAGCCUCUAUCAUCAUCACCAUCCGCAUCUGGCCGCGGCUCACCAGACGACCAACCCGGCCAAUGUGCAGAUCGUCGCAGCGGCCGGUGGCGGCGAUGGUUUUCAUACGGUUUGCGAUUGAGUCGAGACAACUCGAGCGCUGCUUAUUAUACGUGCCUUUGGUAUAAAGUAGUUUUUCGUAGAUACAGCGAGCAGAAUAAUAAACGAUAAUGAGCGUCGUCGUCAUUCGACUAUUUUUGUAUACGAGUAUGUGAAAUUAUCGCCUGUAAGAAUGUCUUCCCUCCGAUAGAUAAAAUGCGAAAUGUAAUUAAUUACAGCAGAUAAAGUAUGAACCGAUCGUGCCUCGAAUACAGCAGCUUGAUUUGGCUUUUUUUGUACGACUCAGCGAUUAGUACGAGAAAAAAAUAUUUUUCGCGUUUGAUCGCUCGGAGAAGCCUUUUUCGUGGCUCCUUAUCGAUCGAGACCCCAAGUCGGAGCGAUCUGGAAAAAUUCGGUGCGUCGUGUUCAAGCGGACAAUAUAGCUUGUAAAUUGAAUUUUGAUAAUACCGCGUGUCUCCAUGUUUUUAUUUUUUACGCGUUUACUAACAAAUAAGUCUCAUAAAAUUUUACCUAUAACGCAGCAUAUGCGACAGUAUUUGCCAAAAAAAGUGUGUGUGCAAUCGGAAUUUCGCGUUUCUAUAAUCGACGUGCUAAAAUCUUGUCGCCUCCCCCCUCGGUGCAUACAUAUAAGAGCACACAAACCGAUGCGUGGCUGGUAAUUUAUCGGAUAAAUUAGGCGACGCCGAAGCGUCCUAGAAUUUGGCACAGUCGACGAGGCAUCGAUACGCUGUAUAAUAACGCGCGCAACGUGUAUGUAAAAUAAGAAACACGUCUCUUCGAGGCGAAUCCGAGCGCGUAGCGUUGAACAAGGUGACGAAAAGCCUCGAGUAGAGUAGAGUAGAGACUUUGCCUCUCUCUGCGUCUCUCUCGUUCUUGCUUGCUCGCGAGCUAGCUACUCACGAAAAUAAACGCUUUUAUGAACGCACGCUAUACAAGCUUGUGUGUACGAGUGCCUUGUAGUAACGAUCUUAUAUGUGCUUACCUCGAAGACCGUCGACGUUCGGACCGAAAGUUUCCAAGAAAACUUCGCUCUUUGACGAGACACACGUGUUGCUAUCGUGUGGGCCUCGUGCAAAAACGAAUAAUGUGCAUAUUAGCGCGACUUAGACGUGGGUGUAAUGUCGAUCGUGAAAUGCAUAAGAACGAAAAUUUACUGUUAGAAAUCCGAAGCCAAU